UGGACGCCCCGCUCCUAUUUAUUUCUGCUGCUGGACAUGAAUCCCCACCUCCCCUCACAAACCUUUUGCCUUAAGAUGGAGGUGACUGACACUGGCUCCCACCGUCCAGACCUCCCGUGUAUGAGAAAUGGGGGUCCAUUGUGGAGUCCUUCCCCCCACAGGCCCCAAGACAUAUGGAAGAGGCCAUUAUGGACAUGGCUCCACUUGAUUCCUUCCUGUGUUCUGGACUGCAGUCAGUGCCCCAGUGACAUCAUCGGCUCCCCCCGUGGAGGCAGUCAGUGCCCCAGUGACAUCAUCGGCUCCCCCCGUGGAGGCAGUCAGUGCCCCAGUGACAUCAUUGGCUCCCCCCGUGGAGGCAGUCAGUGCCCCAGUGACAUCAUCGGCUCCCCCCGUGGAGGCAGUCAGUGCCCCAGUGACAUCAUCGGCUCCCCCCGUGGAGGCAGUCAGUGCCCCAGUGACAUCAUUGGCUCCCCCCGUGGAGGCAGUCAGUGCCCCAGUGACAUCAUCGGCUCCCCCCGUGGAGGCAGUCAGUGCCCCAGUGACAUCAUUGGCUCCCCCCGUGGAGGCAGUCAGUGCCCCAGUGACAUCAUCGGCUCCCCCCGUGGAGGCAGUCAGUGCCCCAGUGACAUCAUCGGCUCCCCCCGUGGAGGCAGUCAGUGCCCCAGUGACAUCAUCGGCUCCCCCCGUGGAGGCAGUCAGUGCCCCAGUGACAUCAUUGGCUCCCCCCAUGGAGGCAGUCAGUGCCCCAGUGACAUCAUCGGCUCCCCCCGUGGAGGCAGUCAGUGCCCCAGUGACAUCAUCGGCUCCCCCCGUGGAGGCAGUCAGUGCCCCAGUGACAUCAUCGGCUCCCCCCGUGGAGGCAGUCAGUGCCCCAGUGACAUCAUCGGCUCCCGCGUGGAGACAGUCAGUGCCCCAGUGACAUCAUCGGCUUUCCCCGUGGAGACAGUCAGUGCCCCAGUGACAUCAUUGGCUCCCCCCGUGGAGACAGUCAGUGCCCCAGUGACAUCAUCGGCUCCCGCGUGGAGGCAGUCAGUGCCCCAGUGACAUCAUCGGCUCCCCCCGUGGAGGCAGUCAGUGCCCCAGUGACAUCAUUGGCUCCCGCGUGGAGGCAGUCAGUGCCCCAGUGACAUCAUCGGCUUUCCCCGUGGAGACAGUCAGUGCCCCAGUAACAUCAUCGGCUUUCCCCGUGGAGACAGUCAGUGCCCCAGUGACAUCAUCGGCUUUCCCCGUGGAGACAGUCAGUGCCCCAGUAACAUCAUCGGCUUUCCCCGUGGAGACAGUCAGUGCCCCAGUAACAUCAUCGGCUCCCGCGUGGAGACAGACAGUGCCCCAGUGACAUCAUCGGCUCCCCCCGUGGAGGCAGUCAGUGCCCCAGUGACAUCAUCAGCUCCCGCGUGGAGACAGUCAGUGCCCCAGUGACAUCAUCAGCUCCCGCGUGGAGACAGUCAGUGCCCCAGUGACAUCAUCGGCUCCAGCGUGGAGACAGUCAGUGCCCCAGUAACAUCAUUGGCUCCCCCGUGGAGACAGUCAGUGCCCCAGUGACAUCAUCGGCUCCCGCGUGGAGGCAGUCAGUGCCCCAGUGACAUCAUCGGCUCCCCCCGUGGAGGCAGUCAGUGCCCCAGUGACAUCAUCGGCUCCCCCGUGGAGACAGUCAGUGCCCCAGUGACAUCAUCGGCUCCCCCGUGGAGACAGUCAGUGCCCCAGUAACAUCAUUGGCUCCCCCGUGGAGACAGUCAGUGCCCCAGUGACAUCAUCGGCUCCCGCGUGGAGGCAGUCAGUGCCCCAGUGACAUCAUCGGCUCCCCCCGUGGAGGCAGUCAGUGCCCCAGUGACAUCAUCGGCUCCCCCGUGGAGACAGUCAGUGCCCCAGUGACAUCAUCGGCUCCCCCCGUGGAGGCAGUCAGUGCCCCAGUGACAUCAUCGGCUCCCCCCGUGGAGGCAGUCAGUGCCCCAGUAACAUCAUCGGCUUUCCCCGUGGAGACAGUCAGUGCCCCAGUAACAUCAUUGGCUCCCCCGUGGAGACAGUCAGUGCCCCAGUAACAUCAUCGGCUUUCCCCGUGGAGACAGUCAGUGCCCCAGUGACAUCAUCGGCUCCCCCGUGGAGGCAGUCAGUGCCCCAGUGACAUCAUCGGCUCCCCCCGUGGAGGCAGUCAGUGCCCCAGUGACAUCAUUGGCUCCCCCGUGGAGACAGUCAGUGCCCCAGUAACAUCAUUGGCUCCCCCGUGGAGACAGUCAGUGCCCCAGUAACAUCAUCGGCUU